AUGUCUCGCCAAUCCACCGUCAGGAUCCAGAGGGGGAGAAGUGGCUUCAGCGCUGCGUCGGCCAUCGUGCCCGGCACGUGCCGCACCAGCUUCAGCUCACGCUCCGUCACCCGUGUUGGGGGCUGCAAUGCUGGCAGUGGCUUUGCAAGGGUUGGAGGUGGCUUUGGAAGCAGAAGCCUCUACAAUUUCGGUGGAUGCAAGAGGAUCUCUGCAGCUGGAAGGGGUGGGGGCUUCUACGGCCCCGCAGGGUUUGGUGGAGGUGCUGGGAGCAUGCUGGGCUAUGGAUAUGGGGCAUUUGGAGGCCCUGGGUUCCCUGCUGGUGGCAUCCAGGAGGUCUCCAUCAAUCAGAGCCUUCUGAAGCCCCUCAACCUGGAGAUCGACCCCAGCAUCCAGAGGAUCCGAAAGGAGGAGAAGGAGCAGAUCAAAACCCUCAACAACAAAUUUGCCUCCUUCAUUGAUAAGGUCCGAUUCCUCGAGCAACAAAACAAAGUGCUGGAAACAAAGUGGAGCCUGCUGCAGGAGCAGGGGAUGAAAACGGUCCGGAACAACCUGGAGCCACUUUUUGAGACGUACAUCAACAACCUGAGGAUGCAGCUGAACAGCCUGCUGAGCGACAAGGGGAGGCUGGAGGGAGAGCUCGUCAACACACAGUACCUGGUUGAGGACUUCAAGAAGAAGUACGAAGAUGAAAUCAACAGGCGCACCAUUGCAGAGAAUGAGUUUGUGACACUUAAGAAGGACGUGGAUGCUUCCUACAUGAACAAGGUUGAGCUACAAGCCAAGGCAGAUGCGUUGACCGAAGAAAUCAAUUUCCUGAGAGCCCUCUACGAAGCUGAGCUGUCCCAGAUGCAGACCCAGAUCUCCGACACCUCUGUGGUGCUGACCAUGGACAACAACCGCAACCUGGACCUGGACAGCAUCAUUGCAGAGGUGAAGGCGCAGUACGAGGACAUCGCCAACCGCAGCCGGGCUGAAGCUGAGUCCUGGUACCAAACCAAGUACGAAGAGCUGCAGGCUACUGCAGGCAGGCACGGGGAUGACCUCCGCAGCACCAAGCAGGAGAUUUCUGAGCUCAACCGACACGUCCAGCGGCUGCGGGCUGAGAUUGACAGCGUGAAGAAACAGUGUGCAAAUCUGAAAGCAGCCAUUGCGGAUGCUGAGGAGCGUGGGGAGAUUGCCCUGAAGGAUGCCAAAGCAAAACUGGCUGAGCUGGAGGAUGCCCUGCAGCAGGCAAAGGCAGACCUGGCCCGGCAGCUGCGCGAGUACCAGGAGCUGAUGAACGUCAAGCUGGCCCUGGACAUUGAGAUUGCAACCUACAGGAAGCUGCUGGAGGGCGAGGAGUGCAGGCUGGCUGGAGACGGUGUCCCAGUGAAUAUCUCCGUGACCAGAACCACUGUGGGAUCGGGAUACGGAGGAGGAAGCAACCUCAGCAUGGGGGGUGGCAUGUGCAGCAUGGGGAACAACUACAGCUGCAGUGGGCCUGGGGGGAGCAGUGCCAUGGGUGGGGGCAGCAGCUCCAGCAUGAAGUUCUUCUCCUCCUCCUCCCGGAGAAGUUACAGGACUCGUAAGGGAAUAAAAGGGCCAACCCCAGCCCAGGGAGCACAACCUCAUCUCGCUUCACUCCUCCUCAUCCUCACUGCUUUGCUCCUCCAAUCUCUCCCGUUGGCUGCGAUGUCUCGGCAGUGCACCGUGAGGAACCAGGGCCGGACUGGCUUCAGUGCUGCAUCUGCCUUCAUCCCAAGUGCCUGCAGCACCGGGUUCAUCUCACGCUCCAUGGCUCAAGGUGGAAGCUGUGGCACUGCUGUGGGGUACGGAGGAUUUGGAGGAGGUUUUGGGAGCAGAAGCCUCUACAGCGUUGGUGGAUGCAAGAGGAUCUCUAUGGCUGGAAGGGGCAGUGGAUUCUAUGGACCUGCAGGGUUUGGUGCUGGCACUGGGAUCUCCUGUGGGUUUGGUGGUGCUUUUGGGUUUGGUGGGGGCAUGGGUGGCCCUGGAUUCCCCGCUGUCCCCACUGGGGGCAUCCAGGAGGUCUCCGUCAACCAGAGCCUUCUGAAGCCCCUCAACCUGGAGAUCGACCCCAGCAUCCAGAGCAUCCGUAAGGAGGAGAAGGAGCAGAUCCAAACCCUCAACAACAAAUUUGCCUCCUUCAUCGACAAGGUCCGGUUCCUUGAGCAAGAAAACAAAGUCUUGGAGACCAAGUGGGCCCUUCUACAAGAACAGGGACACAAAACAGUCAGAAACAACAUUGAGCCCCUCUUUGAGGCUUACAUCAACAACCUCAGGAGGCAGCUGAGCAACUUGCUGGCUGAUAAGGAGAACCUGGGUGGGGAGCUGAAUAAGGUGCAGAGUCUGGCUGAGGACUUCAAGAACAAAUAUGAAGAGGAGAUCAACAAGCGCACAGCUGCCGAGAAUGAGUUUGUGAUUCUGAAGAAGGAGGUGGAUUCUACCCAUAUGACCAAGACAGAGCUGCAAGCCAGGCGAGAUGCCCUCCUGGAGGAGAUAGACUUCCUCAGAGCCCUCUAUGAAGCUGAGCUGUCUCAGCUGCAGAGCCAGAUCUCUGACACCUCCGUCAUCCUGACCAUGGACAACAACCGCAGGCUGGACAUGGACAGCAUCAUUGCUGAGGUGAAGGCACAGUAUGAGGACAUUGCCAAGCGCAGCCGGGAGGAGGCUGAGUCCUGGUACCAGUCCAGGUAUGAAGAGCUGCAGGCUACCGCAGGCAGGCACGGGGAUGACCUCCGCAGCACCAAGCAGGAGAUUUCUGAGCUCAACCGACACGUCCAGCGGCUGCGGGCUGAGAUUGACAGCGUGAAGAAACAGUGUGCCAGCUUGCAGACAGCCAUCGCAGAUGCUGAGCAGCGUGGGGAGCUGGCCCUGAAGGAUGCCAGGGACAAACUGGCCGAGCUGGAGGCAGCCCUGCAGCAAGCAAAGGCAGACCUGGCCCGGCAGCUGCGCGAGUACCAGGAGCUGAUGAACGUCAAGCUGGCCCUGGACAUUGAGAUUGCAACCUACAGGAAGCUGCUGGAGGGCGAGGAGUGCAGGCUCUCUGGAGAAGGUGCUGGUGCAGUGAACAUCUCUGUGACCAGAACCAGUGUAGGAUCGGGAUAUGGAAGUGGGAGCUGCCAGAGCUUCAGAGGCAGCAGUGGGGCUGGAGCUGGGCUCUGUGCUGGAGGAAUGGGCUUCAGCUCUGGGAGCGGACAAGGCAUGGCUGGGUCAUGUGUGGUCGGUGGAAGCAGCUCCAGCAUGCAGUACAUCAGCAGCUCUUCGACCAAGAGGUGCUACUGAGGUCCAACAGCCACGUGCCGCUCUGUCCCUCAUGUUGUGUGCAGUCCUCACCCCGUUACUUGCAAAAAGUUUGGAAUUCCAAGCUGUCUGCCCUUAUUUAUGCAAAUGCCUUGCUCCUGUUUGUUCUUA